ACGCGUCACGGCACCGCAGGCGGACGCAAUGAGCCCAACACCCCCCGGAACCGCCGGUGCGUCCAGGCGCGGAUGAAGUUGGGAUAUUCGCUUCAUCUUCUUCCAUCUGAACGGAUAAACAGCAAGGUCGAUUCUUCCUUCAUUCGGACACGCGCGGACUGACCCAGAAGGUCCGAUUCGGGCUGGUGCCGCCGAUGUUCGGCCGCUGCUGCUGACUGCGUCCCGCGGUACCGAGCCGGCGUCAUGGUGCACUGUGCGGGCUGCGAGAGGCCCAUCCUGGACCGCUUUCUGCUCAACGUGCUGGACCGAGCCUGGCACGUCAAGUGCGUGCAGUGCGCGGACUGCAAGUGCAACUUGACGGAGAAGUGCUUUUCCAGGGACGGAAGACUUUACUGCAAGAACGAUUUCUUCAGGAGGUUCGGCACCAAGUGUGGCGGCUGCUCGCAGGGCAUCUGCCCCAGCGACCUGGUGAGGAGGGCACGCAGCAAGGUCUUCCACCUCAACUGCUUCACCUGCAUGAUGUGCAACAAGCAGCUCUCCACCGGCGAGGAGCUCUACAUCAUCGACGAGAACAAGUUUGUGUGCAAGGACGACUACGUCACCAACGCCAGCGUGAAGGACGCCAGCCUGCUCUCGGUAACGGCGUGCAGUGACCCCAGUUUAUCACCGGACUCCCAAGACCCCCUGCAGGACGACGUGGUCCUGAAGGACACGGAGAUGGCCGCUCUCUCGGAUAAGGAAACUGUAAAUAACGAAAACGACGACCAGAACCUGGGCGGCAAGCGGCGCGGGCCGCGGACGACCAUCAAGGCCAAGCAGCUGGAGACGCUGAAGGCAGCGUUUGCCGCAACCCCCAAACCCACCAGACACAUCAGGGAACAACUGGCCCAGGAGACCGGCCUCAACAUGAGGGUCAUCCAGGUGUGGUUCCAGAACCGCCGUUCCAAAGAGAGACGCAUGAAGCAGUUGAGUGCUCUGGGGGCCCGAAGGCAUGCCUUCUUCAGGAGCCCCAGGCGGAUGAGGACCCUGGUGGACCGCUUGGAACCAGGAGAACUUAUCCCAAAUGGACCUUUCUCUUACUACGGAGAUUAUCAAAGCGAGUAUUACGGUCCAGGAGGGAACUAUGACUUCUUUCCUCAGGGCCCACCUUCGUCGCAAGCCCAGACCCCAGUUGAUCUGCCCUUUGUGCCCUCUUCAGGCCCCACGGGCACACCCCUGGGAGGUAUGGACCACCCACUACCGGGCCACCAUCCAUCCAGCGAAGUGCAGCGCUUUUCCGAUAUCAUGUCCCACCACCCCGGGGACUCUCCGAGCCCCGAGCCCGGCAUGCCGGGGACCCUGCACAGUAUGUCCUCCGAGGUGUUUGGGCCCAGCCCGCCCUUCACCUCUCUGUCUCUCAACACCAACGGGUACAGCAACCACUUGUCACACCCGCCCACGGAAAUGAACGAAGCCACUGUGUGGUAGCUCUUUGCCAGGCUGGACGCUAACCGGGGUCUUGGAUUCAAACAUGGAUACCAACAGGGUUUGGUCGAUACCACAGGAGUAUUUUUUUGUAUCAUUUCUUAUUUAUUAUUUAUUGGUACGAACCAGAUUGGACACGACAGCCUUCAUCUCCCUGACACUGUCGCUUUUCUACUCAUCAUUUCCUGUUUCAUGCCUUCUUUCUUCCCGAGAUGACGAAUUUGUCAACGGUGGGCGGGGCUACGAGGCGAACGUGGCUUUUUUAGCACUGGGAGAGGCUGUAUCGUUCUGAGGUGCAGGUUAGGACGGCUUUGCGGGAAACGACGCUCAAAGUGUGACAACGUCCGUAAAAUACCGACAUUUUAACCGAAGGAAAUAGCAGAAUAGAAGAACUUAUUGAAGAAUAGUUCAAGGUAAUUUAGAAAAACAAUAAACGAGAAAGAGCGGAUCCUUUCAAAGAACCGUUCAAAUGACCGGAUCCUUGUUCUGGUUCUUCUAAGAAUUUGUUUACCUGUUUAUACGAUAACGAGAAGCAGUUAUAAGAAAAGAUGCGUAUAUUAAUAAUUCAAGUUUUUGGAUUCUCUUUGUGGGAAAUAUUGAUUCCAAUUUAUUCUGGGUUGUUUUGAUUGUAAACGCUCCACAAUGUGCUAGCUUAUCCCCAGUGAGGACCGUGAGAUUAUUACUUAGAGUUUUCUUUCACCCCAGAAAUGUUGUGGAACCAUUUAUACUACAGAGGCUUCAAAUAACCUAAACCUAAAUAGUAAAUCAAUAAGACUACAGCAGAAAUGAGCACAACAUAGUGUAUAAAUGUCAAUGCAACAUUGUACUACCCCACCUUUGGAUGUGCACACCUAAACUUGUCUGGUUGCCCUCACACUGCGGGGUUUUAUGACAAAUUCCAAUAUUGGGGUAACUAAAUCGAUGUUUUAUUGUAGUGGUUCACAUUAGCAAAAACAUAUGACUUCAAUGUGAACUGAGGGUGAUGCGCAGGAAACGUGACAUUGUACCAAAUAAAGGUGGCGUAAGCUACUAAACGCACCAGAAAAGUAUUUCCAAAUGUUGCUUCUUUUUCUUUGACUCCGGCUCGUUUUUGUAUUUUAUUUCAGUCGGUUUAGUCAGGUGGUUUCAAGUGGCUCCUUAACGAAUGGCCGCCGACUGCUAAUCGGUUCUCGUCGUUGGCUUAAAAGAGCCGUUCAAAAGACUUGACUCGCUUGCGAGAAUUGCGAGUGGAAACAGGAAAUAGCAAACAUGAAUUGAUUAACGUUGACCCUGACUUAAACGAGUUGAAAAACUUAUUGUGGUGUUACCAUUUAGUGGUCAAUUGUACAGAAUAUGUACUGUACUGUGCAAUCUACUAAUAAAACUUUCAAUCAACAAUAAAACAAGAAAUGCGAGUGGAAACAGGAAAUAGCAACCAUGAAUUGAUUAACGUGGACCCCGACUUAAACAAGUUGAAAAACUUAUUGGGGUGUUACCAUUUAGUGGUCAAUUGUACAGAAUAUGUACUGUACUGUGCAAUCUACUAAUAAAACUUUCAAUCAAUCAAUCAACAAUAAAACAAGAAAUGCGAGUGGAAACAGGAAAUAGCAAACAUGAAUUGAUUAACGUUGACCCUGACUUAAACGAGUUGAAAAACUUAUUGUGGUGUUACCAUUUAGUGGUCAAUUGUACAGAAUAUGUACUGUACUGUGCAAUCUACUAAUAAAACUUUCAAUCAACAAUAAAACAAGAAAUGCGAGUGGAAACAGGAAAUAGCAACCAUGAAUUGAUUAACGUUGACCCUGACUUAAACGAGUUGAAAAACUUAUUGGGGUGUUACCAUUUAGUGGUCAAUUGUAUGGAAUAUGUACUGUACUGUGCAAUCUACUAAUAAAACUUUCAAUCAAUCAAUCAACAAUAAAACAAGAAAUGCGAGUGGAAACAGGAAAUCGCACCGAUAAAACAAAAAUUGCAAGCGGAAACAGGAAAUGAUAACGGUAUGGCGAUGGUGUCAUGCUAGGGACUGGGCUUAGUGAUCAAACACGGAAAAAGACGUUUCCACAUCCCAUAAAUGUUCGGACCAUGAACGACAUCCCUAGCUUCUGUCAAAGACUUGAAUAGCUUUACGCACAGACUCUGUAUUUUAUUGUAUUUAUUCCCUACGCCUCGGACUCUGUAGGUCUGCCAUAUUGACCGUCCUACCGUCCUUUUGUCCUUCUUCUUCUUUUGCUGUCAAAAUGUCCACCAAGUCCUGGGAACGCCGCCUUCAAAAGGCCAAGACCCGAGCCCUCAACGGAUUGCCAACCCUUUAUUUCAACUUGAAGUCCAGCUUCUAAAACACCUGGACUUGGAACAGUCGAGUGUUUACGUGGUCUACAUGAACCAUUCAGGAGUCCAGAGGUCUGUGUUUUAGAACGCCGUCCACGUAAAAAAAAAAAACCUUGCGAGCAACCAACCAAACUUUUGUAUUGAUUUCCUUUCUUUUGUACGAAGAAACGACACUCGCCGGGGUUUUGCUUCACUGUGCUAGUUUGUACGAAAUGUUGUUUACAAAAGAAAACAUGCAUCCAGCGGAGUAGUUGCCAAAUAAAAGAAUAGCACAAAUAUUA